GGAUGUAUCAAAGCGGCCAAAGAAGACCAAAAACAAAAACAAGCACCAAAAUCAGAAUUAGACCAAUCUCUCUCUCUCUUUCUGCCUCCCUCUCUCUUGUUUCUAUGGGAACGCAACACACAAACGCAGACGCUGAAUCCCUCCAGGGAUUACUGAAUUUGAACCUCGGAGUUGACGACAACAACGCAGAAAACGUCAACGGAUCACAACCAGCAAAGUCAACUGGUACAAACCAGCCUCUGGGCAUCGAAUUCGUGGAGAAUAUCUUGAAGUAUGAGUUCAAAGACAAGAACUUGCUGCUGCAAGCGUUCACUGACGCUAGUUUUGAUGAAAACUGCGUUUCGUACGAACGCUUAGAAUUCUUAGGAGAUACGGUCCUUAAUAUGUUUAUAACCAAAUAUUUGUAUCAUCUCUACGAGGAUUCUGCACCUGGUUCAUUGACCAGACUCCGAUCGGUCAACGUUGAUACAGAGAAACUUGCCCGAGUUGCUGUAAAACAUAACCUGCAUCGUUGCCUCCGUCAUAAUAAACCCUUGCUUGAGGACCAAAUAUUAAAAUUUUCAAAAGAAAUAGAAAAAUAUCCACUACAUUCGUUUUAUCGUCUAGAAGCUCCUAAAACCCUAGCUGACAUUGUAGAGUCUACCAUUGGAGCUCUCUACACCGACUGCGACUCCUUCGAUACCGUGUGUAAGGUGAUAAAACCAUUGUUGGAGCCAAUAAUAACAUUAGAUAAACUGGAGAAACAUCCAGUAACAAAACUCAAUGAGAUGUGUCAGAAGAAGAACUUGAAACUGAAGUUUGAUGACAGUAGUUGGGAAACUGAUAAAACUGUUCUUGUCUUAAUUGAGGAUCAUUUGGUUGGAAGUGGACACCAUCUUACCAAGAAAGAAGUUGCUAAAAAUUGCGCUGCAAACAAUGCUCUGGACAACUUUUCCCAAUCCUUUCCAAACAUUUAAUAUCAUAUAUAUAAAAUUGUGUAAUACUCAGUUUUCUGCAAAAAAAUAUAUUAUUUUCAAUUUUCAUUUGAAUCAUAUGAAAAGUAAUAACAUCAUUUAGGGUAAAGCCUAUGAAACAGCAUUCUAAGUAUCAACACUUCAAAUGAAAAUUAGAAAUAA